CAUUUGAAUUUGAUCAGCUGAGCAUAUUUAUUCUUCCUUUUGGUUUUCCAUAUCAUUGUUUCACCGCCCGUUCCACGUCGCUGCCGCCUACUCCACCACAGCUGGUCAAGCGCAUUUGUACUUUUUUCGGGUCAGUUCGUUGCAUGUUUCUAUUAUUAACGUAGGCACUAAAAAUCUUAAUAAAGUCUGGCAUAGUUAGGAAACUGUUCGAUUCCGAGAGUCUAACCCAAUCCAGUUGAAUUCUUCGACCCCACCAACACUCUGGCACUGCUGUCUUUUAUCUGAUCGUGCUUUUCGUGGCUUAAUCUUCAACUCACGGCAUUGAUUAGUCAACGUCCACCGAUUUUCAUUUCACUGAUUUUCAUUUCACUGAUUUUCCUUUAAAGAUCUUUCAUAUACUGUUAUUAUUCUUCCAUAUCGACUUCGAUCUUUCUGACAUUUCCUAAUUAUAACUCUUCAACUAAUGUCUUUCAUCAAGUCUUUUGCCAGGUCUGCCUUGGGUAAAGCCACCAUCGCAACCGGUGCAGCAGUCGGAGGUACUGUCAUUUACCUCGAUUUCAUUAAAGCUCCCAAUCCGCUGAACGACAUAUCGUAUAAACCACUCGUCAAGGAAUUGCCUCCUCCUCCUUCUCGUUCCCAGCUCAUUGACAACCUCAAGAACACCAAAACGUUUGACGUAUUGGUCAUUGGAGGUGGUGCUGUAGGAACAGGAACUGCUGUGGACGCUGCCACCAGAGGUUUGAAUGUGUGUUUGCUCGAGAAGACCGACUUCGCCUCAGGAACUUCGUCCAAAUCAACCAAGAUGGCCCAUGGAGGUGUCCGUUACUUAGAAAAGGCUAUAUUUGGCUUGUCCAAGGCUCAGUUGGACUUGGUCAUCGAGGCUCUUAACGAAAGAGCCAAUAUGUUGAGAACAGCUCCACAUUUGGUUACCGUCUUGCCCAUCAUGAUUCCCGUCUACAAGUGGUGGCAGGUGCCUUACUUCUUUGUAGGCUGUAAGAUGUAUGACUGGUUUGCUGGUUACCAGAACUUAAGAAACUCUACUGUCUUUUCGCUGGAAUACGCUUCUGCCAUUGCUCCCAUGAUCGACAACGCCAAUUUGAAGGCUACUUGUGUCUACCACGAUGGUACGUUCAACGAUGCCAGAAUGAACUCGACGUUGGCUAUCACUGCUAUUGAUAACGGUGCUACUGUGUUGAACUACUUCAACGUCGAACAAUUGUUGAAGGAUAAGAAUGGUAAGUUAAUUGGUGUCAAAGCUAAGGACUUGGAAACAAAUCAGGUGUACACUAUUAAUGCUAAAGCUGUUGUCAAUGCUACUGGCCCAUUUGCUGAUACCAUCUUGGAAAUGGACGACGAACCGGAAGGAUUGCCUCCUAAAAUCGCCAAUCCUCCCAGAAUGGUGGUUCCAUCGUCUGGAGUCCAUGUUGUUUUGCCUGAAUUCUACGGUCCAAAGGAUAUUGGAUUGUUGGAUCCUUCUACUUCUGAUGGUCGUGUCAUGUUUUUCUUGCCAUGGCAGGGAAAGAUCUUGGCCGGUACUACCGACCGUGCCUUGAAGUCUGUGCCUGAGAACCCAGUACCUACUGAAGAAGACAUCCAGGAAAUCUUGAAGGAAUUGCAAAAGUACUUGGUAUUCCCUGUAGCUAGGGAAGAUGUUUUGUCUGCUUGGUCUGGUAUUCGUCCCUUAGUUCGUGAUCCUAAGAACAUUCCUAAGGGUGCUGAUCUUACUGGAGCCACUGAAGGCAUUGUUCGUUCCCAUAUCAUCACGAAGACCAAUUCAGACUUGAUCACCAUCUCCGGGGGUAAAUGGACCACCUAUAGAGAAAUGGCUCAGGAAACCGUUGAUAAGUUGGUCAAGGAGUUCGAUUUUGAUUCCAAUAUCAAAUCUUGUCAAACCAACAACAUCGUCUUGAUCGGAGGAGAAGAUUACGCUCCAAACUAUGCAACCAGAUUGGUGCACGAGUACAGAAUCCCUUUGAAGUUGGCUACACAUUUAGCUUCUAACUACGGCUCCAGAGCUUCUCUCGUUUUGGAAUACUACGGCCAAAGUGACUACAACAAGUUACCAGUGACUCUUGCUGGCAACAAGGACUUCCAUCCAUCCAAAACCUCUAACUCAGCGCUCAACAAUUUGGACUACCAGAGCUUUGAAGAGCCCUUUACCGUAGCUGAGUUGAAGUAUUCUGUCAAAUACGAAUACGCCAGAACUCCAAUCGACUUCUUGGCCAGAAGAACAAGAUUGGCGUUCUUGAAUGCCAGAGAAGCAUUAAGUGCUGUUGACGGUGUCGUAGAGGUUAUGAAGCAGGAAUUAAAGUGGAAUGAGUCCACAGCUUCGCAGAUGAGAGCCGAGGCCAAUGACUACAUAUCCAAAAUGGGUAUAACCGUUUAGGAUCAAUUGGCGUUUCAGUUCGUUGUGGCUGUAUGGCCGUUUUUACAUUUGAUAUAUAGAACCACUAUAGAGUUAUAUAAUGUAUUUAUUGA